AUGGAGAUCCCUGGGGCCGCAGCUCCUCCCACGCACACUCGGAGUCGGUUUUUCGGCCUUUAUGACCCACUGGGAUCCCUGAACAAUCUGGAGAGUAUUCGGGGCUGUGGACGCAUAGCAGAACUCCGCACAGGGAGAGGACAGGACUGCACGAGGUGGGAUGCGGGGACCCCCGCUGCUGGCCCAGCCACCAUCUUGCGGCCACAGGGGACUGACCGCCAAGCUGCACGGGAGACUCCUAUGCAUCACAGAGACUGUGAGCUAUUAACAGAGACUGUGAGGAAGUCUCCUGGAGCUCCCAACGUGGAGAAGAUUCCCAAGUUCCCGUACAAGAGAGAGAAAAAGUUCCUGCCAAACGCCGGAAGCCACGCCCUCCCUUCCUCUCCAACUGCAACAAUAGUGCAAAGGACAUGUGAACAAGGCACUCAGAGCCAUCGCGGCAAGCCAUCAUUGCUUCUCAGCAUCCUGCUCACCAGUACCCCACGGGUUGGAAGAACCAUACUAGGCAAAGAACUUGCAUCAAUAUCAGGACUGAAAUACAUUGAUGUGGGUGAUUUAUCUUGAUAGGAGCAAUUGUAUGAUGGCUAUGAUGAAGAGUAUGAUUGUCACAUUUUAGAUGAAAACAGAGUAGUUGAUGAGUUAGAUAACCAAAUGAGAGAAGGUGGAGUUAUUGUUGAUUACCACUGUUUUGAUUUCUUCCCUAAAUGCUGGUUUCAUGUAGUUUUUGUGCUGAGGACAGAUACCAAUGUAUUGUAUGAAAGACUUGAAACAAGGGGUUAUAAUGAGAAGACUCUAACAGACAAUAUUCAGUGUGAGAUUAUUCAAGUCCUUUAUGAAGAAGCCACAACAUCCCACAAGGAAGAAAUCGUGCAUCAGUUGCCCAGCAAUAUACCAGAAGAGCCAGAAAAUAAUGUAGAUCAGAUUGGCUGGGUGCAGUAG